GUUUUUUCGUUUCAGCCGAAUGACCAUAAAACUCAAUCAACUGAAGUCGCAAUUCGUAUGCGCGUGGAACGGUGAUUGUGAUUGCAUUUCUCACGGACAGCCAUACAAUGGAUGAUGAUACAAUGAAGGGUAAACAGCUGUCACAGCAGCAGCUGGACAAACUGGAGCAAACACUAAAUCAGGAAUCGCAAUCCAAACCAAAGAAGAAAAGUACAAUUAUGGAUAAGUUUCGCUACUUUAAGAACAACAUCACUGUGGAGCCCAUCGUGGCGUGCUACAUUAUGCCCAGUGUCUUGGCCGGGCUCGCCACGCAGAAUCUCAAUCUGGAGAAGGCUUGCCGGGUGAAUCUCAACUAUGGGGAUGUGGUGUGUGACGCGCUGACCAGAAGAGAGACUUCCAAUUAUACGACAGAGGAAGCAGUGGUCCAGCAGAUGGUAGCCCGGAUGGCCGGUUGGAAAACCGUUCUGCAAAGCUCUCUCCCGUGUUUGCUGAUCCUGUUUUGGGGCGCUUGGAGUGAUCGUCACGGUCGACGAAAGCCCUGCAUUCUGAUUCCGAUCAUUGGCGAGUUUACGACGGCUGUGGGACUCAUUCUGUGCACCUACUUCGAGUGGUUACCGAUGGAGGCCGCUGCCGUUACGGAAGCUCUCUUCCCGGCACUGACCGGCGGUUGGUUUACGAUGUUCAUGGGAGUCUUCAGCUACAUUGCGGACGUGACCACUACUGAGGAGCGGACACUGCGCAUCGGAAUCGUUAACCUGUGCUUCUCGCUGGGUGUUCCCAUUGGGAUGGCUUUUAGUGGUGUUCUGCUCAAGAAAAUCGGCUUCUACGGGAUAUUCUCCAUCUCGGCCACCCUCUACCUGAUUGCGUUCUUCUACGGGGUGUUCUUCCUGCCGGAGGUGGACAUUGUCAGCGAAAAAGACCGCCUCAAGGCCAAGGAAAAGAACAUGCUGCUCGACUUCUUCGAUAAGGAACACGUGAUGGAGACCUUCCGGGUGGCCUUCAAGAAGGGCGAACGCCAACGCCGUCUCCGAGUGAUAAUGCUAAUGAUUGUAGUCAUGGUUGUCAUCGGGCCACUGCACGGAGAAAUGUCCGUCAUUUAUCUGUUCACGCGGUACAAGUUCAACUGGAGCGAGGUAGAGUUCAGCUUCUUCUCCAGCUACGGAAUGCUGACGGGUCUGAUUGGGACCAUAUUCUCGGUGGGUGUAUUUUCACAUCUGCUAAAGAUAGACGAUGCUCUCAUCGGGGUGAUGUCCUGUAUGUCGAAGAUACUGUCCAGCUUCGUGUACGCCUUUGCUGCGACCACGUGGCAGCUGUAUCUAGGUCCCAUGGUGGAAAUGCUCAACGGAACGUCGUUCAUAUCGAUGCGCUCCAUUGCCACCAAACUGGUGGCGAGUAACGAGCUCGGCAAGGUGAAUUCACUGUUCGGUGUAGCUGAAGCGUUGAUGCCACUGGUGUACGCCCCAAUGUAUACUACCGUGUAUGCGGCGACGAUCGAUGUACUGCCGGGCGCGUUCUUCCUACUUGGAGGUGCCCUGACGUCACCUGCUGUCAUUAUUUUCCUAUGGAUGUACCGCGUUCACAAACGGGAAGCACGUGAAUUGGCUGAGGAGGCUCGCAUGCAAGAAAAGUACAAACAACUGUCACCCGACGGAGCGGAGAUUAUCCCCACCGGCGAUAGCAUCAUGAACGGAACGGUGAUUAGUCCAGCGAGUACUCGGGUGCCAGAACUUGAAUCACCAGUCCUGAGAGGUAGAUUCGGGUCCGUUAGGAAGUCUUCACUGCCUGGAUUGGCCGGUUUUGUUAACCCAGCUUAUGUACCUCCCGAAGGUGAAGUAAUUCACGAAACGAUCGAAAUCAUGAAGGAUCUUCCGGUCUUGCACGUGGAACAUUGCACACUGUGAUGCACGAUGACAAACGAAUUUUAGAUAGGUUUCUAGUCGAUAAGAUUGUGGUAUACGUAUUUUGUAAAGAAGAAUCUCCUCUAAGAGAACUAUAAGUAUUUCAUCGUCGAGCCGUCAAUGGAUGUUUUUGUAUUUAAGGAUACUUGAUAUAUAAUAAACAUGACUUU